GGCGGUUCUAUUGCCCCGUGAUGAUGUCUUUGAGGCUCCCGUGUCACGGGAUGGAGGGUGGCUGUGCGUCGCAGAGUUCAAGAUGGCGGAUGUUUGUUGCGUUUGCUAAAGUUGCAUUUUGAAAAAUAUCUUUAUUGUUCCUGUUGAAAUUUGUUCGUGGACUGAGUUUAAAUAAAGAGCUGGAUUAUUUGAAUGAGAGAGCCAGGAACUCAUGGAGCUUCCCAACUACAGCAGGCAGCUGAUGCAGCAGCUUUACACUUUAAGGAAGGAAGGCCAGUUCUGUGACUGCACCAUUCUCCUAGGAGUCACCCCCUACAGAGCCCACAAGCUAGUCCUGGCUGCCUCCAGCUUACUCUUCAAAUCGCUGCUUGAGAACUCGGAGACGAUUUCCAUAGACCCUUCUGUUGCCACCUCAGAUGAGUUUGCUAACCUGCUGGAGAUGAUCUACACAGGCAAGCUGCCCCCUGGCAAACACAACUUUACCAAAGUCAUCUCCAUCGCAGACAGCCUGCAAAUGUUCGAUGUGGCGGUGAGCUGCAAGAAUAUCCUAAACAGUUUAUUAAAAAGAUCCACGUGUGAACAAGCAGAGCCCAGCAGAGAUGCUAGCUGCGCAGAACCUGCUCCAGAUCAUACCAGGGACAACCAGGCUAUGGUACUUGCUGCAGUAACCACGCACGAGUCAGAGAAUGAUGCCCCUGAGCUCUCCACCACUUUGAACUUCAAAGAAGCGCAGGAAGACGCACCCCUUUUGGAAGAAGUUCAUCAGCAGCUGAGUGAAAUCGGGGAUCUGGAAAGGUCUACAAAGCCUAUAUUCUCUGCAGAAGUGAAAGACGGUCUGACCGAGGAGAGUGGCAUUCAGGACCCUUCAGAAGGCAGCCAUCAAGAUUCUCCACCUCGGAAGAGAUGUCGAUUAGCAUUAUCUGACGGGUCUGAGGAUGACCUGGAGGUUUUGGUGCAGAGCAGAAGUCGAAUUGCUGAAACGAUUAAAGAUGCACAGCCACUCAUUCAUUUAGUUGAGACCUGCGAGUCACUUUCAAGCUCAGAGAAACAGAUUAUUUUAGAUUGCUGUAAAGAAGAUCAAGUUUGUCCGAACAUUUUUGACAGAUUACUCAGCAAAGUCACUGAUGAGAAGAGUCUCCCUGUGGAUACCCUGUUAUCAGUACUAGACCUCUUAAGAGAUUCCUACCCAGAGCUAAACAGUGUGCUUCAGACUAGAAGUCUAAGAGAAGACAGCUGUGCCGCACAGAUAGCAGGUGCUGCUCCAGAGGAGAGAAGGUUCUUUGACUUGCUUCUUGCUCAUGUCGAUGAGCUGGGGGACAGUGUGACUGAGCUGAGCCCCAUCACUGAGUGCUUGGAAAUGGCAACGGAAGGAUUUCUAACAGAACUGGAGAAGGAGACUGUUCUUGAGUGCUGUAAAGGAGUGUCCCCCAAGGAAGCCAUUGCAAAUCUUUUGAACAAGGUGACGACAGAGAAGAGUAUAGAUCAGACCAGCCUGUUGAAACUGCUCCACGCAGUUAAAGAGGCCUUCCCCAACCUGCAGCUGCUGUUGGAGAGACUUGAAGCAGAGUGGACACAGCGCGGGGGAACAGAAGAGAAGAGCCUAGAGGAAUAUGGAGCAGAGCUCUUGAGGAGAUACCAUGAAAACCUCAGUGAGAUACUGAGUGAGCCCCAGCCUCUUACUGACAGCCUAGCAGCAGCUGGAGAUAUCCCUACAGAGGAAAGAGAGUUUGUGACGAGGAUGCUGGAGGAGGAUAAGGACCCUGGCAGCUUUGGCCGGUUGAUCUCUGUGGUUCUGGAGGAGCGCAGCAUACAGACCCUGUCCGUGUGGAGGAUGCUGCUCCGAGCACAGGGAGGGAUUCCACUUCUAGCUUUACUGAUAGAGGAGAUCAGGAGGGACCCAGACGCGGAUAAGCUCAUCCAAUCAGUCUUUGACAAGGAAAGCAGAGCAUUGGAUAUUUUAUUCAGGCAUAAGGAGUUGGUCACAGAGACGAUUGAUGACCUUGGUGCGUUAUUAGCCUGUGUAGCGCAGGGAGUGGAGUGUCCAACGGGGGAAGCCAUUGAGAUUAUUAGAAACUGUUGCAAGAAGGAAGGUCCAAGGGAGUCAGUAACAAAUCUUUUAAGUAAAAUACUUGAAGAAAAAUCAAUUUCUGCUCUUCCGUUCUGCAAGCUGCUGUGCAUCGUCAGAGAGUCCUUUCCCAAUCUCAUGCCACUGAUUGAAGAGUUGGAGCGAGCAGAAACAGAAACUGAAGAAUAUGCCAAAGGGAAGCUAAAGAAGCGCCAGGUGAGCGGUGCGGAGAUGGAGGUGAUGCUGGAUGAGGAGAGCAGCCCCUCCGAGGUGAAGGAGGAGACGCAGAAGAGGAGCAGCAAGCAAAGCUUCACCUGCAAGUGGUGUGACAAGAGCUUUGAGUUCAAGUGCAGGAUGGAGGUGCAUCUGAAGCGCUGCCGCCUGUCCUCGCAGGCUCCGGUGGAGUGCCCGGAGUGCGGGGAGACCGUGGCCUCUUUAAGAGCCCUGCAGCUCCACACCUCGCAGUCCCACGGAGACGCUCCCAGGAAGAAGCGGAAGCAGGGGGCUGUGACCUGUGACAUCUGCGGCAAAAGCUUUGCACAUCAGUCAGGCAUGCUUUACCACAAGCGCGCAGACCACUUUGAUGAGAAGCCCUAUUCCUGUGAUCAAUGUGGGGCGAAGUUUGCUGCCAACUCCACCCUGAAGAACCACAAGAGACUGCAUACUGGAGAGAGGCCCUUCUUCUGCAAGCACUGUGACAUGAUGUUCACACAGGCUGCGGCGCUCGCUUACCACACCAAGAAAAAGCACUCUGAAGGUAAGAUGUAUGCCUGCCAGUACUGUGACAAUGUGUUUGCCCAGUCCAUCGAGCUCACCCGCCACGUGAGGACGCACACGGGAGACAAGCCGUACGUGUGCAGGGAGUGUGGGAAAGGGUUCAGCCAAGCCAACGGCCUGUCUGUCCAUCUGCACACCUUCCAUAAUAUCGAGGACCCCUAUGACUGCCAGAAGUGCCGGAUGAGUUUCCCCACCCUGGAUGAACACAAGAAGCACAUCCAGGUGGUCCAUCCUCGGGAGUACUACCCCUGUGAGACCUGCUCCAAAGUCUUCAGCGCCUCUUCUGUGCUGGAGAGACACAUGGUCACCCACGUGGGAGGGAAGCCUUUCAAAUGUGAGAUCUGCAACAAAGCAUAUCAGCAACUCUCAGGACUGUGGUAUCACAACCGCACCCAUCAUCCUGAUAUAUUUGCUGCCCAGAAUCAUCGCUCUUCAAAGUUUGCUUCUUUCCCGUGCUCCUCUUGUGACAAAUCAUUUCCCAACAUAACAUCUCUCAAAAGACACAUGAAAGCAGAUCAUGCAGAUGCAGAGCUUUAUGAGUGCCAGAGCUGUAAAGAGGUCUUCUCUACUUUGGGGCUACUGAAGAAGCACACCACAACCAAACACACAGGUGCACUGCAGAACCACGUCGGCACAGAGCACUUCAGCCACGACGGGGAAGCCUUCCGGUGUGGCCACUGUGAUCUGCUCCUCCCCUCCCAGCAGGCCCUGGAACAGCACUUCCAAACCCAGCACCCGGGGGCAGGACCGGCCCAGACUCCAGCCACUGCAGCACAGAUGGUUAUCCAGGCAUCUGAACAGACGGAGGUGUCCGAGGAGUUGAUUGCCCUGGAAGAGUCUCAGCUCGGCAGAUCACAAGUGUAUGUUGCCCUGGCAGAUUCCCAGAACAAUGCGUCCGGAUCGGAGAUCGUCGCUGUCAGCAUGGAGGACUUACUGGAUGGAACAGUCACUCUGAUCUGCGGAGCAGAAGCUCAGUGACGUCUGACGAGACACACCUAGUUUAGCACAUUUCACCAUUUUUGCCAUGCUUAUUUAUGUCUAGUAAUUUCUAGGCAAAUACAAAAUACUGUGUACAUACAAAACAUCCUUUCAAGAUUAAUUUGUAACAAAAAAGAAUGGUAUUUUAUCUUCCUGCGGAUGUCAGUUUUAGCAGAUUUAAAUCCACUUCGUCAUUGUUGGUUAUAAUAAAGAAAAAAUAUUUAAAUAAAAAAAUAUAUAUUAUUAUUAUUAUUAUUAUUUUUUUUAGAAAUUGAGGAUUUCAGACCAUGGUCACAAAGCAUUUACCUUAGACCUGAGUUUAUACUGUCUGAUGUUAGAGUUCCAGGGCUUCAAAUUUAUAAACUUAGUGCUUUAAUUGUUAUUUGGGUGCAGUCUAUAGCACCAACAGUAUUGGGGUACCCAGCAAUUAAAUGAAAAUCCCUUUUUAUUUGAAUCUGCUGUCCUUCAGUAUAAGGAAGCUGAAUGUACUGAGGACAAAGGGCAAUGAUGGAGUCCAAAACCACUGGCAUCAGUGCACUAAAAGAGGCUUGUGGAAUGCCACUUAUGUCUCCGAUCUCCCUUUGAAAGGUACCAGUGGCCAAAAAGCCAAGAGUAGACAGGACUUGUAUAUGUGCUGGAAUGGGAUGAGUGCGCUUGGUUGGUCUGUGUAGCCUUGGUUCCAACAUAUCACACAAUUCCAAUAGGACUUCCUUGCGAAAGCGGUCUCUUGCAAAGAGUGUACUUUGUGCACAGUAGUUAUAAGGCUCCCUAAACACUCUGUUGACAAAAGGUGGCGUUAGCAAGGUCUUCCAAAAGGGCAAGAUCUGCCAUUUUCAAGUGGUUUACAAUUAUUCUGAGACUUUAUAGUGAAACUGUUUGUGUUAAUAGGCUGCAUGUCUGUUUCUGUUUACUAUAUUAUUUUGCAAUUCACAAUGCACAACAGAAAGGACUAACAACAACAUUGUUUUCUAUUUGGUUUGUAAUACUCAUGAUGGUGAUAAUCAGUAUUGAUACCACUGUGUGUAUAAUAAUUAUAUGUACACGUUAAAUUUCAGCUAUACACGCAAUUGUUUUUCACUGUGCAGUGAUGGUGUAUCUUUAUCCUGAUUAAUAGGGGUUAGAUUUUUUCUUGCAGAACCAUCAUUCUAACACAAGGAAACGAUCGUACGUAUGGUCCAGAGUGUGAGUCUACAAACAUUUCCACACAAAGUUGUAUGUUGAUAA